AUGAAUUAUUUUAGAUUGACUGUCUUGCUUUUGCACUUUUACCUCUACCGUUUGAGUUUCGCUUUGUUUUCGCUGAAAGACACGGAUAUUUUCAGCAUUAUUGUAAAGCCUUAUGGAAUCAUUUUGAAAGAUGAUAUCUUAGCGAAGUUGUUUGUGGACUUGAGGCAGUGCCCAGCCUUCAGUGAGGCAUUUAAAGACUGCGAUUUAAUUUUUGCCAACGAAACUACCUUUAAACCUGAACAGGCCCCCUCAAAACUUUGUCCAAGCGGCAGCUAUAGUUGCUUUUAUAAUGCUGUGAAAUCAAACCAACAGUUCAAAGGAUGGCUUGAGGAAGUACAGAGCAAAGAAAAACAAUUGUGUGCGCAAAAAUGCUUUCAGUCAUUGGAGACACUCGCAAAAGGAUGUAUUCAGCCAGGGCAAUCGAAUUUAAAGGUAAUUAUACCAAUUUUAUUUAUUUGGUAUUUACCAAUUUAACUGUUUAAUUUAACAAGGUCUGGAAAGUGAGGCCUUAGAACCCCCAUUCCCACUCCUUUCUCUGGAGAAACCCUCAUUCCGAACUUUUUUCAUUGAUAUCCCAAAAAUCGUUUUCUUUCCAAAUCCACAUUUCCUGCCCAAAUUUUGGCGAAUCCCCCUUCCCCAAGUAGCAGUCAAAUCCUUUAUCCUGUUGGGGCGAUCUGCACCCAUUUGAAAGAUUGUUUGUGACUGGCUGGGAAAACAAUAGGGAUUGUGACAUAACAAUGCCCCUAUCCCUGAAAACAAUUGAAGUGCAGAUUAAAGGGGACCAAUGAAAUGAGAGGCUUAGAACGCUGUAGGUAAACCGAUCCUGUCAACAUUUUCCAGAAUCCAGCACUGUAGUGUGCCCAGAUCCCAGCUCAUGGCAGUACCCUUUCAGACCCUGUUUAAUUUCAUCGUGAUGGUACUUAUGCAUGUAGAGAAUGUGUGAGCUCCUGAGCAUCCACACCAGAUUUGCCCUGGUAGGUGGGUGGGUGGGUGGGGGGUAAGAGACUCCAAUACGAAAAAGACAAAGAUGCUCAUGACGGGUGUAAAUUGCAGAUUUUAGUAUCAUUCACUCUCCUCUAAAUCUCAGUUUGACCAACACAAAACAUACACAACCCAAGGGUGCAGCUCACUUCAAGCAAUCUGAACGCUGCGACAGUAAGACCAAGAUGAAAUACCUUACCUGCACACCCAAAUAUAUACCAAUGCUAACUACCCACAUACCAGGGUACAUGCCUAAACAAACACAAGAUACCAAUGAGAGCAUAUUUUCCUGCUAAUUGCAAAGUCAAAUGCAGAAAAAUUGAGAUAUUCAAGAUAGAAAGCCUACGUUUUUACCCAUACCAGUAUCGCUUAGGGUUGUACAUAAAGGUCAUUGUUCUUAUAAAACAAACCAAAUAAUAUCAUUGUACUCUGCUGCAUACGGCAGUCAGUGUCAAGGUCUUAUCAACUUGUUAUAGCUCUUUUCUGGUAAUCUGUUUUAGUACAGUUUCCUUAUAAGAAGUCAAAUAAUUAAACCCUUUAAAAGUCAUGCCCAGAUCAGUCUUCCUGUAGUGGAUAGGCAUCUGUGUCACGUUCAUGUGGGAGUGGCCUUCCCCCUUUUCAGCCUUCUAGUAAUUUGCAGAUGUGACUACGAGUUUUGUAACUUAAAUCCUAAUCCUAACAUCAUCAGUCAUACCAGUACUUUCACCUGCAAAUUGAAUCUGCUCCAUGUAUUACCAGAGCUGUUGUAGUUCAGCUGAAUUUUGCUACCCUAUACUAGACUAAACUCCCCAAAUCCCCCCCUAUCCUAGAGUAGCUUUUAGGCUGAGCUGCUUACCGGUAAAUUGAAACUUGCUGAUUUGAUUUUUUUAAUAUUUUUGAGUGGCAAUUCCCAGUUUCCCUAGUCUAGACUAAAAUCUACAACCAAUUGAUCAAUUUUCCUGGAAAAUGAUACCCUAUUCUAAACCCAAACUCUGUGAUUUAUAUACCCUAUCCUAGAGUAAAUUGCUUGAAAACCAUACCCUCCACAGCGGAACAUUCCUAUGUAGCCCAUAUAUGGAAGUACCCCCCCGGCCACUGGGCCACCAAAUUUCUACUUGUACUUGCCUAACAUGUUAGUUAGUAGUUGUUAGCUUUGUGCUGACUUUAAAUUUUGGUCUUAUCAUCUCCCAAAACAAAGUGAAAAAUGCUGAAGAAAAAAAUGAUAAUAUUUGUACCUUCUUUUUGUAUAAUUUACAGGAAAGGGAGAGAACUUACAUUCAGUUUGUGUUGGAAGUUCUCAAAUCAAUGUGCAUUAAGGAAGACAAUUCAAUGUCCUGUGGAGAAAAGUUUAUCUCUGGAUUACUUGAGAACCGUACAUCAAAUUAUAAGGUACAGUUUAUGACCGUUUCAAUAAGAAAUAAUAGCAAAUUAAAGGGGCCCUGUUAAGGUAAAAUUCUGACAAAUGAUGUGGCCUUGAAACAGUGACUUAAGACUAGAUGAACUGUUGACAAACAACAUGAAGAUGGGUUGAAGCUGUGACAUUGCAGGGUGCAAAGAAAGUCAGUUUUACAACUUGCCAUUUGGGCAAACUGAAGGUAGCAUUUAGUAGCCCAAAUGUCAUUUGAACUAGCCCCAAAAAUGCUUUAAUGAGCAGAAUUGAUUUCACAGUUCUUCUGUAAUUUGAGUUUUUCAAAAAACAUCACUUGCCAGUUGGGCAAGUCGAGAACAAAACUCACUUGCCCAAUAGCAAACUCCACUAGCCCCGGGCUAUCGGACACUACUUUCUUUGCACGCUGCAAUGACAAAGAAUAGUAAUUGCAAAUACAGUAGAGAGGAGAAGUGUGAGGUCACAUUACCAUGGUAGCAAAAUUGCUGGAUCACAAUAAUAGGGAGCUUAAGCAACGAUGCUGGCGACGGCAAAGAGAACUGGAAAAAAGAAAUAGGUUUAUAUCAGCAAAACAACAACUCUGCAUGUGCUUCACCUUUUUUGUACGUUUCUAAGCCAUCGUUGCAUGGCUGCAAUGUGAAACUUCCUAAUUUCAUGCACCCGCUUUAUGAAGUAGGUGAGCACAACACAAAGUUUUUCUUUUUUUUCCUACACUUAGAAACAGUCCUUUCGGAUUUAACCCCAGAAAAUUUUGCCAUUAUUUGACAGAUUUUAAUUUGUCAAAAAUGAAAUUGAAUAAGAUCGUUGAAGUUUGAAACAGUGCCAAUUCACUUUUUAAGUGAUGUUUUCAGUUUGUUGUUAUCCAGAAAUUUUGCUAUUUUGGCAAUGUGAUGUAACUAUUAAUAGUAAAAUACCAGCAGCAUUAUGGCCACCUCCUCAAUACACACAAAAAAGGGUUUAAAGGUUUGUUUAUAGUAGAAAGUCCACGUAGCUUAUCCAGCUAGUUUACAGGCACUCCACUAAAAUACUUAGAAACAAAUAGUUCAAACAAAACAUAACAGGAUUAAAAACCCGAACUGGCAGGAGGCAGCCAGUUUGCUAUUUACAAGCGUAGCCAAGGAUUUGAACCCGGGACGGCUGUAACCAGAGUAACCAGAGUAACCAGAGCAGGACGUGUGGCCAGGACUACCAGACUGCAAGUCCAAUGCUCCUGCGGGCCACUAGGCCGGGCUGCCUUCUUUAGAAAGGAUUGGUUUUUUAAAAUUCAGACUAGGGAUAUUAUGUAACCCCCCGUUAGAGGCCUCAAUAAAAGCUAUUUAUGCUGGUUGCAAUACAUGUAGGUUUGAAUAAAAUGGUGUAGUAAUAUAUGUAUGUUGGGAAUCAGUUCUAAAAUCUGCCCUUAUUCUUUUAAAUUAGCUGAGUUUUUCUUGGUUUCCUGUUGAGAAAAUUACUUUUUAGAUUCAAGAUUUUGAUUUGAACCUUCUUAUCCUGAGGUAUUUGCAAAUUCCUCUUUUCACUUUUUUUUUGGAAAAUAUAUUUUAACUUAGAUAAUGUUUUUCCAUAUAUUUUUUUCUUAAACAACUUGUUUGUUAUUGAAUAAUUAGCCUUUAACUUUAAUAGGAAUGCAAAGAGAAUUCAGUGGGACACAACUGCUCAACUGAUUGUCAGAAGGUAGGUUUUAUGCAAUUGUAAAAAACUGUGCAUAGAAAAAUGGAAGGAGAUGAAUGCCAAAUAUCAUUCUGACAAAGACAAAAACUGUUUAUUUGCUCAAUUUCAGCUGUUUUAAGAGCAAAUUAGCAGUGAGAUAUAACUAAUAAAUUAUUAUAUACACUGAUGACUCCGUUCAAAUCAUUUGGAAGGAUUUAUAUUGGGUUUCUCUACUUCUAAACUUUAGGACUUGCAGCGGUUUUAUCACAAGCUUGGAUGCUGUGUUGGUUCAGUCUCUCGCAUCAUGGAUUGUUUCAGGUCAGUAACCCUUGUGUUUUAUUUACAAAGCAAUAUUGCCAUACAGUAAAAUCUCAGCUGGAUAAUGCUCAAUCCAACAGUAAUCAGAAGCAGCCCAUUAAACAAUGGAUAUCAAGUUGUGUUGCAGUCCCAGGAAUUCCACCUAAAACCCUUCAUUUUUAGCCCAUUCGUCCCUGAACCGCCUGUAACCAGGCACCUCUGGGGAUCCACAUCCCUUGUUUUGCUAAUUGUGAUGUCAUCAGUUUUAACGGGUAAAGACAGCUUUAUAUCUAACUUGUGAAGGAGAAAUCUUUCAAACCAUACCAUGUUUCAGUCAAGGAUGCCAUAGAAAAGGGAAAAAAAAUUAUGACAUGGUGAAAAGAAAAAUGUAAUCCUAAGAUCCCUAGAAAAGCUUUCCCANGAGGAGAGAAUGAAAUGCUUUCUGGGCAUGCCUGAAAUCCAGAACUCAAUAUUCUACUGAAAUAUUUUUGCGUCUGGAACAGAAGGCCACAAACUGCUCAACUUAUAAACAGCGUUUUAGGUAGUUUUGGUUAAAUAUAGCCAGACAGUGUCCAGAAAGCAGCUCAACUAUCUUCAAAAUGCGAUUUUUGCAAUAUUCCCAGGAGGGAAUGGGUUAACCUCCCAAAGUGCAUGCCAACAACUUUUUCAGGGUCUGAAAAAGGAUCAGGUCAUGUUAUCCAUUUAAUUGUGCUUUAAAUAUGUUAGCUUACAGUGUAGAUAGCUAUUACCCCAAUACGUUCUUGUCCGGGGGGGGGGGUUCCUCUGGGAAUUCUUGGUGGGGACUGUGCUGCCCAGUUCUCCAAAUCCUGAACUUUUUUCAAACCAAAAAGUGUCAUUUUCCUCACCCAUUCUCAGACCUGGCCUCUAAGAAAUAGUUUAAAAUAAAUUAUGUCGUUAUUAUUUACAUCAAAAUGCCAACAAAAAGAUUCCUUAAAAUCCAUUUCAAAUUCUCAAAUUACUAUGUAAUUCUUAUUAAUUUGGAAUAAAAAUGACAGAAAUGUUCAUACAUUCCUGUAGAUCCCCAAAAAACCAUACCCGGUUUCAGACAAUAAGGUCUAUACCCAUUUGCAGACCGAAACGGCGCAAAACCAUAUUCCUUGGGAUAGCACAUACUCUUGUGGCUUAUAUUAGGCUGAUUCAGCAACAGAACGGUAACGUCAGUUGACGACGGCGCGCAAAUCAAACAACUGGCUUGACCAAUGGCAGAGCGACAAAUUGGGCACCGGAAGUCGAGUUUAGUCCUUUCCGCGCCCUUUCUCGUCGUCAAAUGACCUUCGCGUGCUGUUGCUAAAUCAGCCUAUUAGGGACUUACCCCACCCCGCCCCCCGGGGUUCUUGUACUGAUACCUUAGCAUACUCUUCGUUGCAGCAUCAAUCCACAAAGUGGCAGUUAUGGUGUUUAUGUGCAAGAAAGUAACUCGACAUGUCAAGUGAAAAGACCUGCUGCCUGUUCACAGAGUAUCAGGGUGAGGCUAAUAACGAGCAGUCUCUUUCUCCUUUUCCUUAGUCGGUUGAGCGAAACGCGUAAGACACGAAAAUGACCACGUGCGUGACCGAAGGCGCGAGAUGGGAGAGAACAUGUGGGUCUCAAGGGUCUCUUGUUGUUUAUCCCGCAAUACAUGGACUCAUACCCAGCCCUCCUUGGUUUGAAAGCAGGCAAUAGCCAAUAAAAGAAGACGAGCUAGUGCACCAAAAACAGUCUCAUAAUGCAAUUUGACUUCACUCAAACCCAGUUCUCUCGCGCAAAGUCAAAAUGGCUACUAGGAAAUAUAGAUAGGCUGGGGCGUGUGCUGUUUUUUGUUCUUGACUACUGAACAGUUAUGUACUAAUUCCUUAUUUGCUACCCUGCUCAAACCAGUAUUAAAAAGUUAUCAUGUAAUAAGCAACCACCUUUAGGGUGUGUCAACACGAGCCGUGUGCAACCCUCUUUAUUAUGUCUUUACAAGCAAAAUUCAUGAUAAUAAGUCAACAAACCCGUAGAAAGUCUGAUAAUGUCAAACCAUUACAAGAGAACAACUAGUAAUAUUAGAGACAAGCUAAUCUGAACCAUGCUCAUACAACAAUGAUACAAUAAAGGCUCCAAAUCUUACACAUGGUGGCUUAUAGAUACGUAUGUGAAAAAACUAAUAGCCCAAAGUCUCAUUGGGUAUUUAAUUUCGAGAGCGUAGGGACGGUCGAAUGACGUGAAUAAACUUAAAUGAAGGCUCCGCAAUAUUAUAUAUGUAUACACCAACCCUCCGCUAGUAUUCAAUUAUUGUUACAACAUACUAUGCAAGACCUUCCGCAAAAGGUUACUUAACCCAUGAUAUAAAAUACAUUUCCAGUGUCCAUCGUAUUGGCAAACAGCUGCACCUCCAACAUCUCCUGCAAGUUCAUCGACGUCUUCUAAAGGGAGUCUGAUAGUAGGAAUCUGUAUAGCGAUGGUCAUCUGCAUCGGGGCAGCCCUCAUUGUGGCGAACUAUUGUUACCGUCGAAUGAGAAAGAGGGCGAAGAUUCGAUUUGAAGACUAUGGCUACUCCAGACUAAAAAUGCUCGAGGACGACUUGUAUUUCGACUUGGAGAUCGAAGACGAUGAGAGCAAGGGAUUAGUAGAUCUAUAG